ACCCACAGUCCACAUUGACCAUCAAAACGACUACUAUUUGGUGAUUAACAUACUUUUGACAUAUGUUUUGUUUUUAUUUCUUUUAGCCACUGUUUGUUUGGUUGUUUUUUUUCAUUCUUUUAGCACCUCUAAUUGUGACACAUAAAGUUCGAAACUUAUAAUUCAUAUCAUUAAUAAUGACUCCAAGUUUCAAUAUAAUUCUUGUUAUCUUACAAGUGAUUUUGUUUACUUUCCAAAUUACUAAUGGCAAUGAGUGUAAAAUGAACUUCCUUACUUCUAAAGAUAUUUUAAAGAAAUUAACAAGUAAUAUUGUUCCAACACUCAAUGGAAAAUCAAAAGGCGAUCUUGGUAGAAUAGGAAUAAUAGGAGGGUCAGUUGAAUAUACAGGGGCUCCGUACUUCUCAGCCAUUGCUGCUUUCAAGGCAGGAGCGGAUAUAGUUUACGUAAUUACUACUGAAGACGCAGCGCCAGUUAUUAAAAUUUACAGUCCUGAUCUCAUAGUCUAUCCAUUUCUAAACAAAAAGUAUGCAUCGAAAAUAAGUUCUCUAUUACCUAAAAUGGACGCGAUCGUUAUUGGACCGGGCUUAGGAAGAGAAGAUGAAACAAUGAAACUAACGUAUGACAUAAUAGAAAGCUGUAAAGUAUUGGAGAAGCCCAUAAUCAUCGACGCCGAUGGCUUAUACGCUAUUUCAAAAAACAUAUCCAUUAUUCAGGAUUAUCCAAAGGCAGGCGCCAUUUUGACACCGAACGGACGCGAAUCGAAGAAGUUGAUGGAAUCGAUAAAUUCGAAUGGAUCUAAUUGGUUCAACUAUUGGGGGGAAAACGUUUCGGUUUUAGAAAAAGGCGAAACUGAUAAAUUUCAUUCAAGAGUACCAUCGUACAACUGGGCUUCGUCGGAAGGUGGCUCGGAUAGACGCGUUGGCGGUCAAGGAGACUUCCUAUCAGGCUCGCUGGCUACAUUUUAUCAUUGGGCGUUAACAAGCGAUGUGUGCCAAGGCGAACAACACGGACAAAUUUCACAAAGCUUGGCGAGCUACGCCGCAGCCCGACUAGUCAGAACUUGUAAUUCUCAAGCAUUCGAAAAAUACGGAAGAAGCAUGAUGGCUUCUGAUAUGAUUAAAGAAAUUCAUUCGGCAUACAAAAAAGUGUUUGAAGAUUAGUUAUUGAGAAUAAGGCCGCUACUUUGGAUUCUGAAUAUGGAAUUAAUUUGUAUUUAUCUUAAAUUUGCCCUUUUAAAGUUUUUUUUUGUUUUACAUCUUUUUCGUGGCCAUUUCCUAUUGAUAAUUAUAUAUUAGUUUAUAGCCUAUGCCAAUAAGUGACGACGUGAUACAAAUUGGAGAAUAUUAUUUUAUGUUUGAGACUAUUUAUCAAAUCCCUAUUUUUGUGAAAGAGUUAAAUAAAUAAUGUAGUGACUGUGAUGUGUUAUUUUAAUUCUUUGACAAUACAUUU